AUGCCGGUGAUGAGGGGUCUGAAUGCGCCGCAAAACACCUUCCUGGAUACCAUCGCCACUCGUUUCGACGGGACCCACAGCAACUUUGUCCUGGGGAACGCUCAGGUCCAGUCCCUCUAUCCCAUCGUCUACUGCUCCGAUGGCUUCUGUGAACUGACCGGCUUCGCCCGCGGCGAGCUGAUGCAGAAGAGCUGCAUGUGUCACUUCCUGUACGGCUGCGACACCGGCGAUCGCCUCACCUCGCAGAUGCAGAAAGCCCUGGAUGAACGUCGGGAGUUCAAGACCGAGAUCGUUCUGUACAAGAAGAGCGGCUCCAAGUUCUGGUGUCUGCUGGACAUCGUGCCCAUAAAGAACGAGAAGAGCGAGGUGGUUCUGUUCCUGGUGUCACACAAGGACAUCACAGAAAAUAAGGACCUGGACCAUGGCAAUGAAUCUGACACCGACGAGGAAACCGGCCUGGAGGUCCACCAGAUCAGCCGCCCUCCGGGUUUGAACAUGGAGCGCCGCCGCAGCCGCGCCGUCCUCUACCAGCUGUCCGGACACCUCCAGAAACAGGACAAAACCAAGAGCAAGCUGAAGAUCAACAACAGUCUUCUGGGAGGCAAUGCCAACCCGGUCCCGGAGUACAAGGUGGCGGACGUCCAGAAGUCUCGUUUCAUCCUCCUUCACUACGGGGCGUUCAAGGCCGGCUGGGAUUGGCUGAUCUUGUUGGCCACCUUCUACGUGGCGGUCACCGUGCCCUACAACGUCUGCUUCACCGCGGUGGAGAUACGAGAGGACGGCGCCUCCGCAGCGCGUAACCCGCCGAGCGUCAGCGACAUCUUGGUGGAGAUACUGUUCAUCAUCGAUAUCGCGCUGAACUUUCGCACCACCUUUGUGAGCACCUCCGGCCAGGUGGUGUACGACGCCCGCUGCAUCUGCAUUCACUACGUCACAUCCUGGCUGUUCGUGGAUCUGAUCGCCGCCUUGCCCUUUGACCUGCUCUACGCCUUCAAUAUCAGCGUGAACUUCGGGGUUCACCUGCUGAAGACGGUGCGCCUCCUCCGCCUCUUGCGCCUCCUACAGAAGCUGGAUCGUUACUCCCAGUACAGCGCCGUGGUCCUCACCCUGCUCAUGUCCACGUUCGCCCUACUCGGCCAUUGGAUGGCCUGCGUCUGGUACUUCAUCGGACGCAGCGAGAUCGAAAGUAAUAGCCCCGCCUCCUGGGAUAUAGGCUGGCUCCAUGAACUGGCCAAACGCCUGGGAACGCCGUACUUCCUGGCGCCGCUGACCUCCCUGUUGGGAGUCUCUGAUUCGCCUCAAGGCACCGUGACUGCAGCGCUGACCAAUUACAGCCAGUGGAACGGCUCUGGGUCGGAGCCGCUGAGCGGGGCGGCGGGUCUGCUGGGCUCGAACCAAUGGAACGGCAGCAGGGCCAGAGCGAGGACGCCCGGCGGCUCGGGGACGACGCUGAGCGGCGGCCCGUCUGUCAGGAGUUCCUACGUGACGUCGCUGUACUUUGCUCUGAGCAGUCUGACCAGCGUGGGCUUCGGCAACGUUUCAGCCAACACGGACUCCGAGAAGAUCUUCUCCAUCUGCACCAUGCUGAUUGGAGCGUUGAUGCACGCUGUGGUGUUUGGAAAUGUGACCGCCAUCAUCCAGAGGAUGUACUCACGCCGCUCCCUCUACCAGACCCGCACCAAGGACCUGAAGGACUUCAUCCGGGUGCACCGGCUGCCCAAGGCCCUCGAGCAACGCAUGAUGGAGUGUUUCCAGACGACCUGGUCUGUCAACAACGGUAUCGACGUCAGCGAGCUACUGAAGGACUUCCCGGAUGAGCUGAGGGCCGACAUCGCCAUGCACCUGAACAAUGAGCUGCUGCAGCUGCCGCUGUUUGAGUCGGCCAGCAGGGGGUGUCUGCGCUCCCUCUCCCUCAUCAUCAAGACCUCCUUUUGCGCACCUGGGGAGUUCCUCAUACGGCAGGGCGACGCCCUCCAGGCUAUCUACUUCGUAUGCUCCGGCUCCAUGGAGGUACUGAAGGACAACACCGUGCUGGCCAUUCUCGGUCGGGGCGACCUGAUUGGCUCCGACUGUCUGACCCAAGAGGAAGUGAUUAAGACCAACGCCUGUGUGAAGGCCCUGACCUACUGCGACCUACAGUACAUCAGCCUCAAAGGCCUCCGCGAGGUGCUCUGCCUCUACCCCGACUACGCCCAGAAGUUCGUCACCGAGAUCCAGCACGACCUGACGUACAACCUCCGGGAGGGGCACAACACCGAGGCAGACUGCGAGAGCAACGGAGGCAUCGUCAAGAAGCUUCCGUCCAUCAAGGAGGUGGAGGAGGGAUCGGGGUCCGAGGGCGAGCACUCCCCUCUCCCCAAGAUGCCUCCCCUGGGCAGGCUGGGCCGGGGGCUGCGCUCCCCGCUGCGCUCCCCUCUCCGCUCCCCGCUGCUGCCGCCGAGGGCCUUCAGGGCGGCGAGCGGCCACACCCGGCCCGCCAGCCUGCAGAUCCCCGUGGUGAGCUUCAGCUGCCUGCAGCCGGACCUCGGCCCCCGGUUUGUCGAUGGGAUCGAGGCAGAAAACCAAAGUGGUUCAGCCCAGAAUUUUGACUUUUCUCCCAGUGCAACUCAGAGGUUCCUCCCCAGCCCUGAUUUAGCUGCCCCAGGCGCCCAUGAAGAGGAUGACACUAUGCAGACUAUCGCAAAGCUAAAACAUGAGAUGAGCGUCCUCUCCCGCCAGGUGACCGCCGUCAGCCAGGAGCUGCAGGAGAUGACGAGCCUUCUCAAGCCCCUCUUCCACAACCCCUCCAUGCUGCUGAUACCCGGCGCCGUGACUCCGCCUGCCAGCGUGUCAUCCCACAGCUGCUCCCCGGCACCACCCUUCCUCACCCACCGUGCACCCGUGGACCGUUCGGACGAUCAAUCCGUGCCGGGGCCCGAACCGCCCUCUCCACCCUCCCGCAGCAUCAGCUCCCAUCAUCCCCCGGUCGCUCAUCGCUCAGCUCCCCCAUCACUCAACAGCUCUCCCCAUGAGCACACAGUGGUGCCACAUCCCUCCUCAUCAUCCUCCUCCUCCAUCCCUUCUCUUUCUUCGUCAAGCAACCCGUCAUCCAUCACUCCCCUUUUGGUAGACUUAUCAGGACCCGAUGGUGAGCACCCACAAUCCCGUCUCCACUUCCUGUCCCAGCCUGAGUUCACAUCCCGGUCUUAUCCCCUUUCCCAGCCCCUCCUCCAGCCCUCCGGCAUGACCACAAACCCUCGAGGACCCCUCCUGAACCUGCAGCAGGUGAAGUGGGGCGAGCACGCCGCCCAGCUCAGCUUCAUCAACGAAGGACGGCCCUCGGUGUGA